AUGCAAGGAGGAAUAGAGCAAGCAAAGAUGGGAUUCAGCAAUGCUACAAACCGGCAGAUCUUGCGAGAGUUCAUAGAUGUAAGAAAUACAGCAAUUCCAAGUGAUGCCGAAGACACUAAAAGGAAUAUACUACAUAACUUGGAUAAGUACCAGUAUCAAUAUGGAUUUAUUGCGCUUGUGAUGGUUGCGUUGCACGUUCUGAUACACUUGGAGCUGCUCACGGUCUUGGCAUGUGUCGCAGCCAUGAUAUACUUUUGCAGAACAAAGCUUGUGGUUCUUGAAGUGGAAAUAGAGCGAAGAUCAAUAUGCAUUGCUGGAAGUGUGAUAACGUUGAUAUUGCUGAUAAUAUUCAGGGAUGCAAGUAUAGGGCUUCUUGCCAUCUCUGCAUUCAUAGGAAUACUGGUCUUACUACAUGCUGCAUUCAUGAGAGAGCCCGCUGAGUUUGAGGAAGAAGUAUAA